AUGAACAAAUCAUCACUUAGUGAUAGCACUCUACUGGAGACUGAAUCUGAUGCUGACGAUUCUGAUAGAGAUCCUGAUUGGAAACCAAGGAAGAAAAGAAAACUUUUCGAAUGUUCCUCCUCUGAUGAAGAUCUUGCCCACUCUCCAAUUAGACCAAUUUCAACAACCUCUGUACCUUCAUCCCCAAAUACACCCACACACAACCCCCCACAUAAAAGAUCAAAGCCAGGAAAAGCCAUGCCAGAAAAAUGGAAAAAGAACAUACAAAAGCAAUUACGAAUGGAAGGAAAGGAUUAUAGCGGGAUAAAGAAAGAUGACGAGGGUCAUUAUGUGUAUUCAUCUGAGAAGCAAAAGAGAACAUUGGGAGAAAGGAAUUGUACUCGAUUGUGUGCAAUAGGGAAAAAAUGCACUGCAUUCAGUGAGGAUGAACGAUCUUCUAUAUUUGAUCGUUUUUGGACGAACUUAAAUUGGGAUCAAAAGAGAGUUUUUGUUGCUGGAUUGAUAGACAAGGUUGAAGUAAAAGAAAGGAGGGAGAAAACGGGCGAAAGUCGAAAGAAGUAUUCCUUUAACUAUUUCUUGAAAAAGAAUGAACAACGCCUUCCCGUCUGUCGCAAUAUGAUGUUAAAUACUCUUGGACUUAAAGACAAGAUGGUUUACGAGUGGAUGAAAGAUGUUAGUGUGGGUGUACCGAACAAAACACCAGAUAAACGACGCAAUACGCAACGCACUGAUAACAAAGUCAUUGCAGCCAAAGAAUUUCUGGGGAAACUACCAAACCUACCUUCUCAUUACUGUCGCGCAACAUCGAAUAAGAAAUAUCUUGAACCCAUUUUCACCACAUUCGCAGACUUAUAUCGAGUUUACAAACAGUAUUGUACAACUGAAGGAGUGGGCAUUGUUUGUAAGAAGGCCUUUAAGUCAUGUUUUGAUGAUUUGAAUUUGUCGCUUUCUCGUCCUAAGAAGGACCAGUGUGAUAUUUGCUGUGGAUUCGAAGCCGGAAAUAUCUCAGAGAUCGAUUAUAACAACCAUAUUAAUCUGAAAAAUGAGUCGAGGAAUGAAAAGUCCAAUGACAAAGCACGAGCUGAAAAUGACAAUCGUAUUAAAGUCAUAACCCUUGAUCUCCAGUCAUUGCUCCUCAGUCCACGUAUUCAAGCUAGCUCCAUGUAUUAUAAAACUAAGUUAGGCUGUCACAAUUACACAAUAUAUGACUUGAACACAAGGCAGGUUGUUUGCUACUUUUGGCACGAAGGGGAGGGAGAACUUUCCGCGAACUCCUUUGCCUCAUGUUUAGCGGAUUACAUUGAUAAUUUGUCGGGACUAUCUGAAGAUAAGAAUAUUACAAUUGUCCAAAAAUUUCUAGAGAAAGGUCACACCCAAAUGGAGUGUGACAGUGUCCAUAGCACUAUUGAGAGGCGUUUACGCAACAAGCCUAUUUACGUUCCACAAAAUUAUGUAGAUCUAAUAGGUACUGCCCGUGUUUCUCCUCCGUAA